UACACCGUGCCCAGAAAGGACGUAGUUUUUCUGCUUGACGGUUCAGAUGGCACUAGGAGUUCUUUCCUAGCAAUGCGUGACUUUUUGCAAAGAGUAAUGGAGAAAUUAAACAUAGAGGAAAACAGAGACCGAGUUUCUGUGGUUCAGUACAGUCGAGACCCAGAGGUCCAUUUCCAUUUAAAUGCAUACACAACGAAGGAAGACGUUUUAGAAAGUGUGAGAGGUCUGAGACACAAAGGGGGGAGACCCCUCAACACAGGGGCAGCUCUUCAACACGUCAAAGACAAUGUCUUUACUGCCUCCUCUGGCAGCAGACGACUGGAGGGUGUGCCGCAAAUAUUGAUUCUCCUAAGUGGGGGAAGGUCAUAUGACAAUGUUGAUGCAGCAGCAUCCUCUCUGAAGGAAAUUGGAGUCUUGACAUUCGGAAUAGGAUCGAGGGGCUCUGAUAGCGGGGAAUUGCAGAGAAUUUCAAAUGACCCCAAGUAUGCUAUAUCUGUGUCUGACUUUAGUGACCUUCCAAAUGUCCAAGAGCAAUUGCUGGACUCCGUAGAGACGGUUGCAAUACCCAUUGCUACAACGUCAUCAACUGUUACCGCUGACUACACAACACCCAAAAAGGACGUAGUUUUUCUGUUGGAUGGUUCAGAUGGCACUAGGAAUUCUUUCCCAGCAAUGCGUGACUUUGUACGAAGAGUAGUGGAGAAAUUAAACAUAGCGGAAAACAGAGACCGAGUUUCUGUGGUGCAGUACAGUCGAGAACCAGAGGUCAAUUUCUAUUUAAAUGCAUACACAACAAAGGAAGACGUUUUAGACAGUGUGAGAGGUCUGAGACACAAAGGAGGGAGGCCCCUCAACACAGGGGCAGCUCUCCAGUACCUCAAAGACAAUGUCUUUACUGCCUCCUCUGGCAGCAGACGACUGGAGGGUGUGCCGCAAAUAUUGAUUCUCCUAAGUGGGGGAAGGUCAUAUGACAAUGUUGACGCAGCAGCAUCCUCUCUGAAGGAAAUUGGAGUCUUGACCUUCGGAAUAGGAUCGAGGGGCUCUGAUAGCGGGGAAUUGCAGAGAAUUUCAAAUGACCCCAAGUAUGCUUUAUCUGUGUCUGACUUUAGUGAGCUUCCAAAUGUCCAAGAGCAGUUGCUGGCCUCCGUACACACGGUUUCAGUACCCAUUGCUACAACGUCACCAACUGGUAUGUGCAUGACAAACAUUUACGUGCUGUGCCUUUUCUGUCUAGAUGUGAAAUCGCUGAGUAGUUGUGGGCUGUGGGAUAAUCACCAACCGCUUAGAUAGUCAAUGAACAGUGUGAAAUUCUGAAGGUGUAUGAACAUUGUCAUAAUGACAAAAGAUUUUUGAAUGUUAAGGAAAUAGCUUUGUGUUAAUGAUGCUUUUUUUCUUUAGCUGAUUACACCGUGCCCAGAAAGGACGUAGUUUUUCUGCUCGACGGUUCAGAUGGCACUAGGAGUUCUUUCCUAGCAAUGCGUGACUUUGUGCAAAGAGUAAUGGAGAAAUUAAACAUAGAGGAAAACAGAGACCGAGUUUCUGUGGUUCAGUACAGUCGAGACCCAGAGGUCCAUUUCCAUUUAAAUGCAUACACAACGAAGGAAGACGUUUUAGAAAGUGUGAGAGGUCUGAGACACAAAGGGGGGAGACCCCUCAACACAGGGGCAGCUCUUCAACACGUCAAAGACAAUGUCUUUACUGCCUCCUCUGGCAGCAGACGACUGGAGGGUGUGCCGCAAAUAUUGAUUCUCCUAAGUGGGGGAAGGUCAUAUGACAAUGUUGACGCAGCAGCAUCCUCUCUGAAGGAAAUUGGAGUCUUGACCUUCGGAAUAGGAUCGAGGGGCUCUGAUAGCGGGGAAUUGCAGAGAAUUUCAAAUGACCCCAAUUAUGCUAUAUCUGUGUCUGACUUUAGUGAGCUUCCAAAUGUCCAAGAGCAGUUGCUGGCCUCCGUACACACGGUUUCAGUACCCAUUGCUACAACGUCACCAACUGGUAUGUGCAUGACAAACAUUUACGUGCUGUGCCUUUUCUGUCUAGAUGUGAAAUCGCUGAGUAGUUGUGGGCUGUGGGAUAAUCACCAACAGCUUAGAUAGUGAAUGAACAGUUUGAAAUUCUGAACGUGUAUGAACACUGUCAAAAUGACUUUGUGUUGUUGAAGCUGUGUUUUGUUUUUUUCCCAUAGCUGACUACACAACAGCC